AUGGGUAAGGGUGCCCGUCUGAUAAUAUGCCACGCAGGUUCUGCAAAAUAUGGCUUUGUGGAGAACGCGUUACAGGCAUUUCAAUCAAAAACCACAAAUGACUACCACGAGGAAAUGAAUGCCACUACAUUUAAAGAGUGGUUCCAGAACGUGCUUUUGCCCAGCCUACCAGAGCCUUCUGUAAUAUUCAUGGAUAAUGCCUCCUAUCACUCGGUUCAAAUACAGAAACCACCUACCCAAUCUAAUAAUAAAGAAGAAAUGGUGGCUUCGUUACAAGCAAAAGGCAUUGACGCAAAUAUGCAGAUGCUAAAACCAGAGCUAAUAAAAUUAUUUAAAGAAAAUAAAAUGGCAAAUUUGCGAUACGAAAUCGAUGAACUGGCUCUGGAGUACAGUCAUUGCGUUCUAAGAAUUCCACCGUAUCAUUACCAAUAUAACGCGAUUGAGUUAAUCUGGGCUCAAAUAAAAGGUUACGCCACCCGCCACAAUUCUUCCCCGCCAUUCAGCACGAUAAAGAUGAUGAACCUAUUAAAAGAAGCCUGCGGGGAAGUCACAAGAGAUGACUGGGCAAAGGUUGUUGAGAAGACUAAAAACCUGAUUGUGGAACAUUUUGACCGAGAUAUCAGGAUUGAUUCUGUUAUUGAUAAUAAUAUAGUUAUACAUGUAGGCGAAGAUGAUGACGAAGAGACCACCUCCUCAAGCGAAUCGAAGUCUGAUUAA